AUGUCUCACUGUCACGAUGAGCAUGAUCACCAUCAUGGUGGUGAUGAGCACGAUCAUUCUGACGAUAUUACCCCGGCGCUGCAGUUCUCACUGUAUCAGCACAUCGACUUCGAUAAUAUCACCACCCUCAACGAGAGCGUCCACGGCUCGGGCAAGGCCAUAACCAAGAAGGAAUGGACCGACAGACUGAGCGGCCAGCCCGAGGUGGCCAGCGAUGCCGACGAACAAUUGAUCAUUAACAUCCCUUUCGCCGGGCAGGUGAAACUGCACUCGAUCCUCAUCCGCACGUCGCAGUCGGCCAGCGCGCCCAAGACGCUCAAGGUCUUCCAGAACAGGGAGGACAUCGACUUCGAGGCGGCCGAGGACGCGUCCGCCGAGCAGGAGUUCGAGCUCUCGCAUACCUCCGAGGUGCAGGAUCUGCCCGUCAAGCGCGCCAAGUUCGGCAAGGUCCAGCGCCUGGCCCUCUUCUUCCCGGACAACUUUGGCGACGGCGACGAGGACGUCACGAGGAUCUCGUACCUCGGCUUCAAGGGCGAAUGGAUGCAAUUGGGCCGGGCCCCGGCCAAUAUCCUUUACGAGGCCGCGGCAAAUCCAAAUGACCACAAGAUAAAGGGUACGGACAUCAAUCAGAUGGGCAGCGGAAUUGGCGGUCGUGGUCCGGGCCAGUAG